GCAGCGACGGGGAGAAGUGUCGAUCGGAGGCUCGUCACCUGGUAAUGCGACUUUUCUGAGUUGUGAGGCGUCUCCAGGGCUUAGUCUGGCUCUAAAGCUGUCCCACAUCAUUAAUCUACGCUGUCUCUGUCUUUGCACUCAGAGAGUUUACUGAAUCAUGUGUGACUUUCCUUGGUAAAAACGGGAUACCCGCCCUGUGAAACGGCGCCAGAUGGAUGGAUGUGUCCGUUCUGGGACGCACCCGGAAUAGUACAGUGAACUGACAACAGGAUCAGUGUUCUGCUCGGCUUAUUUGUCAGGAGUUCGUCCUUUCUUUGCAGUCUCUGGAAUUGUUACAUUUACUGGUGGGAACGUGCAACCUUUAUUCCACAGGCUUUGAUCUCAUGCUAUGUAUGGUGGAAAAUACCUGGUGGAAGGUGCACAGCGGGAUCCAACCUGGCAGGACAGGGCAUCUACAACUGAUAUAGCUUCGUUUCUUAUGUAUUGUUUUUAUCUUUUCUGUGCCUAAUGUGCGUGGAAUGAAAACAGAGGAUGGAUAUAAUUUGGGAACUACUGAUCAUUCUUCAAGCCAAUUUUAUUGUCUGCAUAUCAGCACAGCCGAAUCAGCCGAAAAUUCAUGAAGGAUGGUGGGCGUACAAGGAGGUGGUGCAGGGGAGCUUUGUUCCAGCUGGCUUAACCUGCUCACCUGGGCUCCAUCCUCAGCCCUCUCUGGCCUUCCCAUCCUACACUGCCACCAGACUGCAAGCUGCUUUCGCCAGGGCUGUCUUUCUGGCUUCUACUGUCACAGCUGCCUUAUUAGACACUUCUGCCUCCAUGAACAUUGUCUCGCCCUGCACCACUCGUGUUUCUUCAUCCCCUCUUUCAUUAGUGCCAUCAUUCUGGGGGCUGGUAAACUCUGCUUGGAACCUGUGCUCGGUGGGGAAGAGGCAGUCGCCAGUCAACAUUGAGACCAGCCACAUGAUCUUUGACCCCUUCCUCACUCCCAUAAAGCUGAACACAGGUGGACGCAAGGUGGGAGGGACCAUGUACAAUACAGGCCGCCAUGUCUCUCUGCGACUGGACAAGGAGCAUCUGGUUAACAUCUCUGGAGGGCCAAUGACAUACAGCCAUCGUCUGGAAGAGAUCCGGCUACACUUCGGCAGCGAGGACAGCCAGGGCUCUGAACACCUGCUGAAUGGACAGGCCUUCUCUGGAGAGGUUCAGCUGAUCCACUACAACCAUGAGCUGUACACAAAUUAUACAGAAGCUGCUAAAAGCCCCAAUGGACUAGUCAUAGUGUCUAUAUUCAUGAAGAUUGCUGAGACAUCAAACUCAUUCCUGAAUCGAAUGCUGAACAGAGACACCAUUACAAGAAUAACAUAUAAAAAUGAUGCUUAUCUACUGCAAGGCCUGAACAUAGAGGAGAUAUACCCAGAGACAAGUAGUUUUAUCACAUAUGAUGGGUCAAUGACCAUCCCUCCAUGCUUUGAGACAGCUACAUGGAUCCUGAUGAACAAGCCGGUGUACCUCACACGCAUGCAGAUGCACUCCUUGCGGCUGCUGAGCCAGAACCAGCCAUCUCAGAUCUUCCUGAGCAUGAGCGACAACGUUCGCCCAGUGCAACCGCUGAACAACCGCUGCAUCCGCACCAAUAUCAAUUUCAGCAUGCAAGGCAAAGAUUGCCCCAACAAUAGGGCUCAGAAGCUCCAAUACCGAGUGAAUGAGUGGUUGCUAAAGUAGCCUCCCUUGGAAGAGCAUGGAGAUGCAUGUCAGAGAUGGGAAGCGGGUGCAGGACAAGGUGAGGGGGAGGAGGAAAAGAUGUGAACCCAGGCUGGAGACUGCAUCUCAUCUAAGAUUAUUUCAUGGCAUUGUAUAAAGACAAACAACACCGGACAUUAUCUGAAUUAAGGAACUUUGCACUGUGAGCAAAGUUGAGAAGUGUUUAAACCCUCAAUCUAACACAUGCUGACAUGUCCCCCCUCAACCCCCUUCGUAUAAUUAUAUCUCUACAGACAUUUUGAUACAAAUACUUUUUUGGGAGGAAAAAAGACACUUGGAAACAAACUUAAAAACAAUUAUGGAAGCAUUUUAUUUGAUAGCCUCCCAACUAAUAGGACAACUUUGGGACUUUAAUGUCUUUGUACAUAAAGAUGUUGCUAUCAGUGGGAAAAUUCAAGGACUAAGUCAAUGCCCCCACCCUGCUGGUCAAGACAAAGUGCUCCACACGACUCAUCCAGCCGUUUCAUUACAGUCACCACAAGGCAUGCAAUCAGAAAAACAAAAAGAGGGACCACAGCCUUAUCUUAUCAAUUUUCAAAAUUAGUCACGUCAUGGAAGACAAGUAACCAGUGUCUUGGCCUCAUUUGUACAUAUUAUUAUUAUCAAUACUGCAGAAAAAUGAACAUGUAAAGAAAAUAAAAGAAUUAAUAUUCAAAAGAUAUAUUAAGAGGAUUUUUUGAAAAGAUAAAGUUCAGAAUGUUAAAAAGCUUGGCGCACUUUGAAUUCUGGAGCAGUUCUUAGUCUGAACUGAUGCCUUUUUUCUGUUUUUAUUUUUUUUGUUUGUUUGUUUACAAUGGUCAUUCACUGUGUUUGAGUAAUGUUAUCAGCCCAAUAAAUGUGUCUGAAAGUUCACUUUGGAAAAUGCUUCACUAUAUGAGGAUCUGCCUUAUUGUACCUCUACCUGUUUUGUACUGUUCCAUAUUAAAUGUCAAUAUUACCCCACACAGGCUUUCUCAAUGACACCAGCAUCACAGAGAAAGCACAGAGAGAGGUCUGAAUGGCAUGGGAUUGUCUUCUGCUGAUACAGAUGCAGUGUUGCCAUUUCAGUGUUACAGAGGAAGCUCUGUCAGGGUUACUGUAACUCAUCAUCUUUUAAAACACAUCAAUGGUCUUCUUAGGACCAAAAUGAGAGGAGCCUCCUGCCCUGAGCCUCUCUCUCAUGCCUAACAACAUGGUUCCAAUCCACUUGAAUCUGCCUCACAAUGUUGUUCUCUCUACAGGAAUUUCAAAAAAAAAACUUCCUCAGGACCAAACAACUGGUUUAUGAUGUGGUUAUCUAAUGUAGGGUAAAUGGGUGGCUCAUGUCAAAAUAUGGCCCUUUUCAUUCCUUCUGUGGACAAAUGCAGUAUGAUUAUAUGCUGAAUAAGGUAUAAGGAGUUUCCCCACAACAACAGCCUGUCCCAGACAUGGCUCGUUAUGGCUCCUCCUUCUUGUUCUGUUGCAAUAUUUAAAACUGAUCCGCUGUCAAAAAAUAUCAAAGCGACAGUUAUUUUUAAUGGAUGAUUGCAGUCAACGCAAAACUUAGUGAUAAAUACAACUGAAGUCAGAAGUUUACAUACACCUUAGCCAAAUAUAUUUAAAUUCAAUUUUUCACAAUCCUAUAAACAUUCCCUGUAUUUGGUCAGUUACUAGGA